AUGUAUGCAUGCAAUCCGGGAACACUUUGGGGUCCUGUAGAUACUAGUGCAACAUUCCCUAUUCAUAGAUCCGCGCCCGCCUUUAUCGAGUUAGAUACGAAAUUAUCCAUCUUUGAAACUGGUAUUAAGGUGGUCGAUCUUUUAGCUCCUUAUCGGCGUGGAGGAAAAAUCGGACUAUUUGGGGGAGCUGGAGUAGGUAAAACAGUACUCAUCAUGGAAUUAAUCAACAAUAUUGCUAAAGCUCACGGGGGCGUAUCCGUAUUUGGCGGAGUAGGGGAACGGACUCGUGAAGGAAAUGAUCUUUAUAUGGAAAUGAAGGAAUCUGGAGUAAUUAAUGAAAAAAAUCUUGAGGAAUCAAAGGUAGCUCUAGUCUAUGGCCAAAUGAAUGAACCGCCAGGAGCUCGUAUGAGAGUUGGUUUGACUGCCCUAACUAUGGCAGAAUAUUUCCGAGAUGUUAAUAAGCAAGACGUGCUUCUAUUCAUCGAUAAUAUCUUUCGUUUUGUUCAAGCAGGAUCGGAGGUAUCUGCCUUAUUAGGGAGAAUGCCCUCUGCAGUGGGUUAUCAACCUACUCUUAGUACAGAAAUGGGUUCUUUGCAAGAAAGAAUUACUUCUACUAAAAAGGGAUCUAUAACUUCGAUCCAAGCGGUUUAUGUACCUGCGGACGAUUUGACCGACCCUGCUCCUGCUACAACAUUUGCACAUUUGGAUGCUACUACCGUACUUUCCAGAGGAUUAGCUUCCAAAGGGAUUUAUCCUGCAGUAGAUCCUUUAGAUUCAACCUCAACUAUGUUACAACCUCGGAUCGUUGGCAACGAACAUUAUGAAACUGCGCAAAGAGUUAAGCAAACUUUACAACGUUACAAAGAACUUCAGGACAUUAUCGCAAUUCUUGGGUUGGAUGAAUUAUCGGAGGAGGAUCGUUUAACUGUAGCAAGAGCACGAAAAAUUGAGCGCUUCUUAUCACAACCGUUUUUUGUGGCAGAAGUUUUUACCGGUUCUCCGGGAAAGUAUGUUGGUCUUGCAGAAACUAUUAGGGGAUUUCAACUAAUCCUUUCCGGAGAAUUAGACGGCCUACCCGAACAGGCUUUUUAUUUGGUGGGUAACAUCGAUGAAGCUAGCACGAAAGCUAUAAACUUAGAAGAGGAGAACAAAUUGAAGAAAUGAAAUUAAAUCUUUAUGUACUGACUCCUAAGCGAAUUAUUUGGGAUUGUGAAGUGAAAGAAAUCAUUUUAUCUACUAAUAGUGGCCAAAUUGGCGUAUUACCAAACCACGCCCCCAUUAACACAGCUGUAGAUAUGGGUCCCUUGAGAAUACGCCUCCUCAACGAUCAAUGGUUAACGGCGGUUCUGUGGAGCGGUUUUGCCAGAAUAGUUAAUAAUGAGAUCAUCAUUUUAGGAAAUGAUGCGGAACUGGGUAGUGACAUUGAUCCGGAAGAAGCUCAACAGGCACUUGAAAUAGCCGAAGCUAACGUGAGUAGAGCUGAGGGUACGAAAGAAUUGGUUGAAGCGAAGGUAGCUCUCAGACGAGCUAGGAUACGAGUCGAGGCUGUUAAUUGGAUUCCCCCAUCUAAUUGAAGACAACCCAACGGUUUAGUUGAUACAAAGAAAAAGGGAAGAGGGGUAGAAAAAAUUAUUAGAUAGCGAAGCGAAGUAGGGCCAAUGCUAUCUAGUAAUUUUUCUACCUACCUACCUACUAUUGGAUUUGAACCAAUGACUCCCGCCGUAUGAAAGCAAUACUCUAACCACUGAGUUAAGUAGGCAAUUUAUCACCACAAAGGAAGACCCUUUACUUCGAUCGAUUAUAGAUCGAAUCCUUUUUAUAAGCAAAUACCGCUUCGUUAUUGGUAUGUUAUUAUAGUAAACAGAUCAAAGGAUAUCCUCUACUAUUAGAGAAUAUUCAUCUUGACAAGAAAUUCUCUAUAUAUUAAGAUAUCUCUGACAAGGGCUAUAGCUCAGUUCGGUAGAGCAACUCGUUUACACGUGCGCCAAUGCUUUUCAAGGGAGCUUAUUAUGCAAUGAACAUAGUGGAUCUUCUUGCAAAAUCAAUGUCUUACUUCAUGGAUUCGAGAGAAUAGGAGAACAGUCGCCUGACAAAUAGUUGGUUCAGUCCGAUUCAGGUACCAAUCCAGGUGCCUAAACAAAUAGAACCUUUAUUGAUUUGCUAGUUGAUAAGGUAAAUAUCCAGCCCACUAAAUGCUAGGCUUAAUGAGGAUAAGGGCCUCCAAAAAAAUUCUUUUCGUUCUAUGAACUUUAAGGUGUAUGAAGUCUCAUAGUCAACUCUUGUAGCGGAACGAUAGAGACUCUAUUUCACUUAGGUUGAUUUAAUUUAGGCCGGAGGCAGACCUAAGUCAAGGUAAUCCUCCUUUGAAACACUUUGGUAUUGCUCUUAGAUAGAUCAUAAUACAAAUAAUCAAUCAGAGCGCAGGGAGCCAUCUCAUUAUCUUUCCGUAAAGAAAAACUAUGGUGGACUAACUGAUCUUUCUAUCAGUUGAUAAAAGAGCCCAAUGCAAAAAAAUGCAUGUUGGGUCUUUGAAACAGUUCGAAUCAUUUCGAUAAUAAUCCGUUUGAUCUGUUUUACC